GGAGAGUACAUCUGGUAUAACUGUCAUCACCGUGUCCACCAUCUGUGGAUUUAAACUGACUCAUAUUUAUGAGUAUUUAUUAUACCACAUUAGUUAAACUUUUUAAAUAGUGUGUGUGUCCUAAUAUUGCAGAGCCUAAUUUCUGAGGACCUGUUUGAGUUUGCAGUUGAGUCGCUAAUCCGUUCACACUACCCGACUGCGUCCAGAGUCAGCUGAAAAAAAUCACACAUGUUAGAUUGACUCCGACUGAGGUCAUGUCGGGUCUGUUACCCUCACACGCUUACUAAUUCAAUCUUUAUCCCUCACACACUAACAGAUUUAUGUGCCAACUUGCCAUACUGACUGUCCCCAACUAGUUCUGACUGGUGCAGACUUUGCCCAAAUGUGAAUAGUGGGUAAAAUCAGGAAAGAAACCUUGAAGUGUCUCCUCAGCCUUAAGAUUAGGGAUAACACUUUGUUUAGGCUGUUCAAAUGAAUGGAAGUUAAUGCAGAGAGAAAGCGAGAGCUCAGUAUUGUUGGAGUCAAGGCCACAAAGAAAAUCAGAUUUUGUCUUGUGUGAUUCAAAUUACAGUUGGAGGUGGUUUGUAUUAGGAUUCAAUCCAAUUUGUACAAAUGUGCUACAGUGGGUACACUCUGAAACUGAAUUUCCCACUUUCUCUAGAUCUGUCAGUAGUAAUUAAUAGUAAUUACUUAGAAUUCCUCAGGGGGCGACAGAAGUGAAAUAAUGUAGAAACCAUUAUGGAAACUUGGAACAGAUUUGUCUCAUUUGUUGACCUAGGCUCACUUGUUAAAAGCCAGGAAAAUGUAUUUAGUUAUUUUCAUGGGCUGUUUUUAAGUGAGUUUGGAUGAGAGAAGAUUGUAAGGAAACUGCCUUUCUUUUCACCUCACACAUGACUACUGGCAGAUUUAUAGAUGUCUUCUUACUAACCUUUGCAAAUAGACCCCUCCAUACUUAUGUGACCCAUAUUAAACCCCACUAGCCAACACAUACCACAUAGGCACACGCACCCUUGCAUAUACACAGCCACAUUAUGACUCAUGCCGUUUGACAAGAUGUAAUUUAGCAGUGAGCUGUGGGGGGGGGGGGGGGGUACAGAUGUGUGCAUGUGUCUGUGAAAAAUAAAGAUAGAAGCUCAUAGAAAAACACGGGUUAGAUUAAGCUUUGGUUUGGCUGCAAAAUAUGAGGGGGAGGGAAAACAAGAAGCAGGAGAAAGCCAUUGUGGGUUGGUGGGGGGGAGAAGGAAGGUUUGUGAGAGUGAGAGAUGGAUGUUUAUUUUAUAAUAUGCUGUUCGUAACAGCAGCAUCACAGAUAAAGGUAGUUGAAAGAGGACAAAAUGCAGGAAAAACAGGAUUCUCCGAGCCAAGCCCCAGGCAACUUGGGAAAGGCUCACCCGGCUCUCAAAGCCUUCAUGUGUGGCUCUCUCAGCGGCACCUGCUCUACACUGCUCUUCCAGCCUUUGGAUCUGGUGAAGACACGGCUUCAGACCCUGCAGAACAAAGCCAAGCCGGGUGCACCAAAGGUGGGGAUGUUUACCGUGUUGGUCAACGUUGUUAGGACAGAGAAUUUCUUUAGCCUAUGGAAGGGUGUUUCACCGUCUUUUGUUCGCUGCAUCCCGGGGGUUGGCAUCUAUUUCAGCACCUUCUACUCUCUGAAGCAGCACUUCAUUCUUGACCGGCAACCCAACGCUGGUGAGGCUGUUCUUCUCGGAGCAGGUGCCAGAUCUGUAGCUGGUGUCUGCAUGCUGCCAUUCACAGUCAUCAAGACACGCUUUGAGAGUGGCUACUACAACUAUGUGAGUGUGGCCGGGGCUUUGAGGAGUAUGUACAAGACCGAGGGAAUCAGGAGUCUGUUCUCGGGGCUCACGGCCACGCUGCUCAGAGACGCUCCAUUUUCUGGCAUUUAUGUCAUGUUCUACAGCCAAACCAAGAGGGCCCUGCCACAAGACGUGACUACGUUGGGUUAUACUCCACUGGUGAACUUCAGCUGUGGAUUGAUGGCAGGUGUCAUGGCGUCCCUGGUCACACAACCUGCAGACGUGGUGAAGACCUACAUUCAAGUUAGCCCAUCUCACUGGAGCACGACAGAUGCUAUUUGCUUCAUCUACAAGGAGCAUGGCAUGCGCGGGUUCUUUCGUGGAGCUGUGCCCAGGUCUCUUCGACGCACUCUGAUGGCAGCUAUGGCUUGGACUGUCUACGAACAGCUGAUGGCUCAGGUUGGCCUCAAAUCCUGAAGAGCAACAUUAAAAAAAAAAGACAGGAUAAUGAUCUCUCUUUCUCUGAACGCCACAUUUGAGAAGAAAAGGGGGCCAAGGUGCUUAUAGAGAGUGAGCCAACAUUACCAGGAUUUUGAGCAGAGGAACCAGGUGGAUCAGUAUCUGGAAAAAAAAGAUGUGCGAUUGCUUUGAGUGAGUGUUUUUUUGUGAAAAUGUCUAUAGGUGUGUAUGUUUGAGAUUGCAGUGUUGCAACUCACACACUCUUCUCUCAGUCUUGUACUGAAGUGACAUUCCCUGCUGUGAGGAAAACCUAUUCCUUUUCUUACUUUUUAUGUCUGGACAUCCUGAUGCAUGGCUACCAUUGAAGAACCCCCCCACCCCCACCACCACCCCUGUAUCUGAAGGGCAGCUUUUGACAAGGUGUUAUGUGGGACAUUGAGGAUGCUGGUGGACCGUACCUCUGCUGAGGUAACCAAAAACAAAGCAGCACUGAGGAGUUCUGGCUCCUGCUAUUUAUUUGAAUUUUAGUUUAACUAUGUUUCUGACUUGCCAGUUGAUGUUAAAUGACCAACAAAGUUUGGGGCCAUUUAUUUGUUUCAGGCUCAGACAAUCCAGCUAGAUUAUAUGAACGUCAUCAUCUGGCCUAACUUCCAUAAUCACAAUGAAGCUUUUGAUUCCAUAAUGAUUGAAACUAUGCUAAUUUCAACUUUAUGUACAGCUGUGGUGCAUUUUUGCAUUGGGAUGUUUUUAUAAAGAAAUUAUGAUGAGUCACAUCUUUACUGAAAUAUAUUCUGACCAAGAUUUUGUGGGGGGUUUUGUAACAUUUUACUUUUUUUUAGGUUUUUGAACACUAGUAGUGCUAUGGAGCAAUGUGUCAUGUUGUUAGGCUUAAUCUUUUUUGAACCUAUAGUGUUGUUGACAGUAACAUGCAGUAUACAGUACAUGCACAUGGCAUUUAAACAUGUUUUUUUUGUUCAACCUCCUGAAACAGUUCACUUUGGUCACAAAAACUGAAUCUAAACUAAACCCCAGAGGUCACCUUUAAUUAAACAACAGUGUAGUCAGUGUUUUUUUUUUUUAUUGAGUUUAAAUAUAAAAGUUGCACUUUAAUUUAUUUCUCCCCCCACAAAUUAAGAAAAAAUGUAGAUCUUUUAGAUAUAUCAGAUGUUAAUGUCAGUCACCUGGGAUGAAAUGAAGUUCCAUGUUUCCAGAAAAUUAGGUUUAGCAACACUUAACACUUUUACUGCGUUUAAAAAUAAUAAGAAUAAACAUAGGAUCACUUCUGGAAUAUUGACCUUGACAUUGUUGUCUUUUUUUGCUCUUUAUAAAUAUUUGACUUCAUUCAGAAGCACUGAUGGUAGAACAUAAAGAGUAUUUUGUUGCUUUGUACAGUGUACAUUUUGUCAGAUGUUUAUUUGUGUUGAUAUAGAAGAGAAUAUAUAUUGAAAAAAUAGUGUGUUAAUAAAAAAAUAACAAUACUAAUGGUAGAUUGCAUUAGUGGAAGGGAACAUUAAUGUAUAAUUUCUUGAUGAUGUGAGAAGUGUUGCUAAUGUUCAGGUAAAUAUGCAAUACAACAGGAUAAUAUGCAAAGUAAAAUAAUAAUAAAUGAAAUUGCAAUGACCUAACUAAGUCCUGGGAUUAAAUAUCUAAUGACAGUGAAGGGCACAGAGUUGUCUAGCAUCGGCUGAUCUCCUGUUUAUCUCUGAAACAGAGGGAGAUGUGAAGCUGUGUGUGUUGUUGUUAUUUAAAUGGUGAAAGUUAGUUCAGUGUGUUGGGAUUGAUUUCUGAAUGCCUCAGUAUUAGCUUCUUUUUUUUAUUACAGUCUUUGUAUUUAACUGUGCCCUAAUUCACACACAAAUGUUUUUAUCUCAUCGAUUAUCUCCAUCAUCAUGACCACUCCUGCUGUCUUUUUGUUGUGACUGUAUUGUAUAUGGUCAUUGUUACUGCAGAUUCUUGGCUUUGGCUCAGACUCACGAUGUGUGCCUGGAUUUUAAAGUCAAUAAACUUUCUUUUCUCUUUUA